GGUCAGAAAGGGUCAGAAAGUGUUUGCCAUAGCCCAAACAGUAGUAACAAGUGUUAGCUCGCCCCCUUUCUGCCAGGGGUAAGGAUGGCGGCGGCGGCGGCGGCGGCGGCGAUACUCGAGCUGGACCCGUCGCACGAGCGCGCCGCCCGCGUCAUCGACAAUAUCGUGCGGCUAGAGAGGAGGAUCUUCCCGAAGCACGAGUCGCUGGCGCGAUCCAUCCACGACGAGCUCAAGCGCCGGAACUCCGGCCUGAUUUACAUGACAUCCAGCGCCGCACGAGCAGGAGGCGACGGCGAUGAGGUCGUCGGGUACGCCAUGUACACCUGCCCGACCUCCCUCUGCGCCACCAUCACCAAGCUCGCCGUGAAAGAGAGCUGUAGGCGGCAGGGCCACGGCGAGGCUCUGCUGAAGGCGGCCGUGGAGCGGUGCCGGGGGAGGAGGGUCCAGCGGGUGAUCCUCCACGUAGAUCCGGCGAGGACGGCCGCCGUCGCGCUGUACCGGAAGGCCGGGUUCCAGGUCGACGCCACCGUCGAGGGAUACUACGCGCCGCGGAGGGACGCCUACCGGAUGUUCGUGGAUCUUCAGUGACAUGGGAGCCGAUCAAGAAAACAAGCAAGCAUCGCUUCUUCGUCGUCCUCGUGAGAGAAUCGAGCUCGCUUGCCAGUUGCGAACGAGCAGUAGCUCUGAUUCUCCUCACAGUGUCAAUAAGAUGCUCUGAUGCAUUCUGAUUCUGCGAAUGCUAUUAUGGAUGAUUCCCUAGUUCCAAAUUGCUGGAUCUGUACAAACGAUCCAUUCAGUUCAGAGGAUUCCACAAGAUCAGUUCAAUCCCCACUGGGAUCUGAAAAAAAAAUCUCACAAUUCCGGUUGAAAUUCAGACAAACUUUCACAUUUUUGAGCUUACACGACUAAGAUACUUUAUGCA